AGUCCCUGAGAGACGAUACCCGGACUUUCCGGUUUUACUACGAGAUAGGAAAUUGGCAUAUACGCUUUUGCCUUAUCAUAUGCUGAUGUGGUUAAGGGUGGGGGCUUAUAUGCUGCUGGAAAAUGCAGAAUUAUAGGACAAGGCAAAGAGAGUUACAUCGAUGUGGAAGCGGAGGGUGAUCAAGACAGACGUGAAUUGCUGGGUAGAUGUCUAAUCAUCAAGUUCCAGUCUCCUGAUAACUCUGAAUAUUUAUUGUCUAAAGAUAUCCAUGGAUUCAGAGAUUGGGCUAAGAAGUUCUUGUCUAUUGACAGCAAUUACGGACUGGAACACAGGGGAGAUGGAAGCUGGCUACUUGUUUGCCCAUCCAUCUCUCAAACUCUACGGAUUAAAAGACUCGGAGGUUACAAGUUUAGGAAUUUUACAGUCUCUGUUUCUGAAUGGAAAGAACAUGAAGUAUGUCUCAACUCGUCGGAUAUCUGGAUUCUCGUAUAUGGCAUCCCUCUUCAUUUGAAAAGCAUUAAUUCGAUGAAGGCUAUUGGGAAUUAUUGUGGAUCGUUCAUAGAAAUCAACUGGGAAUCUUGGAGCUUGCAGUUUGUUCGAAUCAGAAUUAAAAACAGAGGUACGAUUCCUCAGUCGAUCCCAAUCAUGUUUGCCUUUGAACGUUUCAUGAUCAAAAUUGUUUCACAUCCGGCGACCCCUAGAAUUCCCGACGAGGCUACUUUCAGUGCCCGACCUAUUCAGAAAUCGAAGAGUCGUAGUCCUCGAUUAUGGGAAUGCACAUCAUCUCAAGAUAGCUCUUUCAACCCAUUGGUCAACACUUUUUGUACUAAAAGCGCGAGGAAUAGCGAUAGAACCGAACAGACUAGCAGAACAUUCAAAAGAGUAUGGAUACGUAAAGAUGGCCCUGUUUGGAUUGGGCCUAAUAGCUCAUCAUCCUCGAGCCCAUACUUGCAGCCUGAUUUUUCAGGAUCGUCCAUCGUACACGCUCCUUAUGCAACAGACCCAGCCCGUAUCACUCUAAUCCAGCCCCAAAAGUUUCAGAAGUCGAGCUUAGUUCGAUUCUUCAACUCCUUGUUUGUCGCCUCCCCUCCCCAUAAUCAUUUUCCCGUUCCCUCUUUUUUCAUCAACCGUCAAUCAGCCUUGCCAUCAACCAUCAAUCUGCUUCACAAACCAAACCUAAUCUGUUGUUGUCUCCUUUGUCCCCCAGUACUCAACAUCGAGAGCCAUAGAUUCCCUCCCUUUUCUUCCCUGUGCCAAUCAAUUGCUCACCUCAAAUAGCCACCCUUUAGAACAUUCCGAUUCAGAGCACCAAAAUAAUCUAUCCAUGGAUGACAGUAUCGUACUCCAAUCUCAAGUUCCUCUCAGCCCAGAUUGCUAUCUCGAUCAGGGACAUCUCGAUUCAUCCGCUCUCGGUCUGAAUGAGCUUCCCUCGCCUUCAUGCUCAAAGGAAAGCGAAGUCGCCGAAUGGAAUGUGGAAGCAUACCCCUUCGAUUGUCUGACUUUGGUUGAAUCGAGUGUUAAUUUGAGCCGUAUAUUCUCCCUGGAUAAUGAUGAAGGUGAAGAUAAAGCAGAAAGGGUGAUCAUUGAAACUGCAAAGGAAUGCAUUGUAAAAAGGUAAGAACUCCUCGCUCCAGACUUGAAAUGGAAAAGCACAGACUCGGACCCCAAUUGUCUCCACACAGAGGUCCGAGGAAGAGUGCUAGCAGGAUAGAUAGAUCCUCUUAGUCUUAAUUUUAUGGGUGUCUCAGUCAUUUUUUGGAAUGUUAGAGGAUUAGAAGAUUUUGAAAAAAGGGGAAGGAUUAAGCGAUUGAUUGCGAAACACAGACCUCAAAUUGUUUCACUCUUUGAAACCAAAUGGGAUGAGUGCAAUGAUUCUGUGGUUGCGGGAAUAAGUGGAAGAAGAGAUAUGGGAUGGAUCUCCAAAGAAACAAAGGCAAGUUCAGGAGGUAUUCUGGUUUACUGGGAUAAGCAGGUCUCUCAAUUAAUUACUUCCAGAGCGGGCAAUUGGUUUAUUGCAAUCGAGUUUUUUGAUUUGGCAAGUUCUUCUUAUGGGCAUUUAAUCUCUGUUUAUGGACCUCAAGUUAAAACUUAAAAACUCUCAUUCUUGGAAGAGCUUCAUGCCUACUGUCAACAAACUAAUGCCCCUAUUUGCAUUGGGGGCGAUUUCAAUCUGGUGCGAAGCCAUGAUGAUUAUCAAGGAGCAAGGAGCAACACCGACCUCAUGAAUGAAUUUAAUGGUUUCAUUGAUAGUAAUCUCCUACUUGAUCUUCCUAUGAAAGGUAGUCUUUACACUUGGAGUAGGGGUUCGGACAACUCUUCUUUGUCACGUAUUGAUAGGGUCCUGGUCUCCUAGAUUUGAUACGACUUUUCCGGACUGCUCCCUUUCAUCUCUUGAUCGUGUAGAAUCAGAUCACAAUCCAUUACAUUUAAGAUGGGGUGAUGACAGAAGAGUUAAAAGGCCUUGGGGCUUUGAAAACAUGUGGCUUGAAGAUAAAAGGUUUUUUGAAGGCUUAGAUAUAUGGAUGAAGAUCCCCAUACAGUGUACUGGAUACUCUUUUCUUUGGUAUAAGAAGCUGCAGGUCAUCAAACAGAAACUCAAAACGUGGAAUAAAGAGGUUUUUGGAAACAUUCACAAGAGGGUAGAUGACUUGUUGAGUAAGAUUCAUGAGAUUGAUAUAAUUGAAGAAAGCAGACCUCUUGAUAGCGAUGAAUCAGUUGAAAGAUGUGUGCUUAAAGUGGAACCUGCUCAUUGUUUAAAUAUGCAAGAAAGUUGCUAGAGACAAAAGUCAAGGGAGACUUGGACUCAAAAAGGGGAUAGCAAUACAAGGUAUUUCCAUCGUAUUGCCAACUACAGGAAAAAAUUCAGCUCUAUAGAUCGUAUUAGAGUGCAAGGACACAUGGAUGAAGGUUUUCAGGAUGUAGCAGUUGGUAUUCUUGGUUUAUACAUGGACCUUUUUAAAGAACAGAUCACUUCCAGGCCUUUCCCAUGUACAUAUUUCGAUUACAUAAUCAAGGAAGUUGAUAUUUUAAAGCUCUGCCAACCAUUCAGUGAAAUUGAAAUAUGGGAAGCCCUUAAAGACAGUGAUGGAUCCAAGGCUCCAGACCCUGAUGGUUUCACUUUUGACUUCUAUAAGAGAUGUUGGAUGAUGAUUAAACCAGACAUUGUUAA